UGAAAAAUGAUAUUACGUGUGCUUUGAUAAGCGUAUUUUAAUUAGUAAAUAAUAAGUAUGACAAGUAUAGUAUGAUUAUUUUAAGUUUUAACGAAGCUGGAUUACCUAAGAAAUUAUAAUUUAUCGCUAACUUAUUUUUAUAAAUGUCUACCCGAAGAAGAAGAGUAAAUUCUAAUUCUGAUCAAGUCUCCAAUAACUAUUCUAAUGAAAAUUUUAAUAAUCAAUAUUAUUUAGAAAAAGACAUUUAUAAAAUAAUGCCUCGAGAUCGAACAGUAGAGUUUAAUAACGCAGUCAGAUCAUUGCAAGGACGUCAGAUUGCCCGUGCUGUUCAAGUAAAAGAUGUCAAAAAAGUGAAAGCUCUUCAGAGUUAUGGAGAAUUUAUGUUGAUAGCUAAAAGUGUCGGCAUUAACAUAAGUAAUACAUAUGCUAAAUUAGAAAAGUUAACAUUACUUGCUAAGAGGAAGUCAUUGUUUAAUGAUCGACCACAAGAAAUUCAAGAAUUAACAUACAUUAUCAAAGAAGAUUUAAGUAGUUUGAAUCAACAAAUAGCAAAACUACAAGAAGUUGCUAAAUUACAAAAAGCUAUUCAAAGCAAUGUUGGUCGUAAGCAUUUGUUAUCUCAUGAAUCUAGUGUCGUUAUAUCACUACAGUCAAAAUUAGCUAAUAUAUCAAAUGAAUUUAAACAAGUUCUUGAAAUUAGAACCAAGAACUUAAAACAUGCAAAAAAUAGGCGUGAUCAGUUUUCUCAAGGAACUAAUUUGGCAGCAUUAUCUGAUACUUCUUCAUUAAUAUCUAGAAAUGAAUCUAUUUUAAUGUCUUCCAAUCAAUGUGCUAUUGAUAUGGAUAGUACUGAUCAACAAGCUCAGCAACAAAUUAGUCAACAGUCACAAGCCAUGGCUGUUUACGACAACACAGAUCAAUAUUUGUAUACUAGAGCAGAGACUAUGCAAAAUAUUGAAUCUACUAUUGUUGAGUUGGGGGGAAUAUUUCAACAAUUGGCACAUAUGGUUAAAGAACAAGAAGAAAUGGUAGAAAGAAUUGAUUCAAAUGUUCAUGAUGCUGAGCUAAGUAUUGAAGCUGCUCAUACCCAAAUUUUACGUUAUUUUCAAUCAGUAUCCUCUAAUCGUUGGCUAAUGAUAAAAAUAUUUGGUGUUUUAAUAUUUUUCUUUAUAUUUUUUGUUAUAUUUGUUUCAUAAUUAUUAGUUUAUGUUUUAUGUUAAAUAAAUAGAUUAUUAUUUUUUCAAUUAAAGUUAAAGACCCAUACACUUAAA